UCACACAAAUCAAGUUGGUCGCUGUAAUAUUAUUUUAGAAAAGCAAAUUUUUACAUAAUUUAUAAAUUCUUAAAGUAUGGAAGGUUCCCAAUCUUUGGAGACGCAGACCAGUGACAUGGAACUGAUGAAAAAGAUGGAGGACGACCAUUUAAGACUUCAAAGACAAGUACGAAUGAUACAAAUUGACCGACUCCAUCGAACUAUGGGUGUGCAUCCUCAGUUUAGACGCCAAGAUCAACUAUUGAGGACUCUCAAGAAGGAAUAUAUCAAUCUAAUCAAAGACUUAAAGAUAGCGAGGUCUGGAGCGCACAAGAAAAAGGACAAGCGAAUGAGAAGUGAGCUCACGAGAGCACUGCUGAUUAGAAUUAAAACAGAAUUCGAUUGCGAAGCUGGUCUAACCACGAUGCAUCAGAUCGAUGGUUUGCUCCAUGACAACAGCAAGGAAAUGUUAUCACUGAGAAAACGCACCAAUGCCAAUGAAGGGCAGAUUGAAAAACGAAGACAACAAAGUGAAAAUCGACUGGUAUCAAUGGAGAACCGGCUAGAAGCUGCCAAGCUAAGGUUUAACGCUGUACAGUAUGAAAACAAGAAGAUUAGAGAGGAGAUUGAACACAUGUUGAAAGAUAGAGCAGCGUUCAAUCAGGCGUGGGACAAAUUGAUGGGUGCGCUGAGUAAAGGAAAGAAAUUCCUCAUAGAUUUAUUCGAAUCAUCUACAUUAGCAUAUGACCAGAGGGACGAAUGGUGCACUAAGUUGCGCUCUCUACAGGAGAAGGGAAAGAUGGACCAAUCACUUCAAGUUCAGGAAAUGCGGGAACUACAAAAAUAUUUUGACCAUGAAAUGAAAUUAUACAAUUUCUUGGCAAAAAAGGGUAUCAUAAGAAUUAACAAAAAGCAAGAGCAGAAAGAAGAAGAACAGAAAAUAAAGGAAGAAGAAAAACUAGAGAGAGAAUAUAAUAAACAUUGCAAAAUCUUGACAGAAAUUCAUAAUUAUACAAAUGAAGUAAACACGAAAAAAAUAAUCAUGAAUUUCCAAGAUAUAGAACAUACCAACUUCUCUAUGUAUAAACUGCUGACAGAGUAUUGCGCGGAGAAUGAAGUGCUCAAUCGUGAGCUUAACCGCGUCAGACAACUAGUAGUUGAUCGUCGAGACUGGAAUGAAAUGAUGGAAGCCAGAAGAACGGAGAAGUUGCAAGCGUUGAGGGAUGACUUGGAGAAUAAAAAGAAAAUUACAAAUGAAUUGAGAGGCAGACUAGAAGAAAAAAAUCUAUUAUUAAAUGAUACAAUGGCAAAAAUAGAAGAAAUUUUCAAAAUGUUAGAUUGUUCGUUGGAACCGUUCCAAAACCUUCUUGGUAACAAGCAACCCUCACUGCGCCGACUGAACUUGACUUUGAGACUCAUAACAGACAAAAUUAAGGAGCACAUAGAAACCGUUUAUUAUUAUGAACGUUUUAUACAAAAGAAAAGUGAUAAGAGCAAUACAUCUCGUUUGAAGAAAUAUACUGUGCACGCAGAACAACGGCCGUCUUACACUCCUUUGCCUAUCAACUUGAUAAUCCCUGGGGAUCCAUGUCCUUCAUGUGUAGAGGCCCGUUGGAUGUCCCGAGUAACCGAUACUCAAGAAGUACCAUUCAACCACAAGAUGGCACUACAGGCGUUGACAGAGUUAAGCACAGACCCAGCUUUCAUGACAAGCGACCGAGUCCACCCACUCACCGAGUGUCGAGUAUCGCGCAGUCGACUUAUACUAGCCCGCACGUACAUGAGUUAUUGAAAUGAGCA